UAUUCAAUCCGAAAUCAUUUAUUUCUAUACUAUUAAUUUAUGGAUUUGUUGAAAUGUGUCCGUCCACGAAUUAAAGCGCCUCUACUUGCCAUUUAAUUUUUGUCCACCAAAUAAAGCCCUAUUGUGGUUUUUGUACUUUUUUACUCUCAUUUUUUUCUUAUAUUUAUUACCUUUUGUCACUAAUGGACCCACCUUAAAACACUUUUAUCAAUUUUAUAUUCUAUAUUUACUAUAUUUUAUCACUAGUGGACCCACCCACAACACCUUUAUCACUUUAGUCAACUACAAUUUUAUUUCACUCACAAUAUCUUUAUCAGUUUUCUUAAUUAGUUUCCGUGCCGAACAUGAAAUAGGGCUUUAAUUCAUAGACGGAGGGAGUAUUUCCUAGCUACUAAUGUUGUUAAAUUGGGUAUUAACUAGGGCAGUUUGGUCCAAGCAUAAUCAUGUCGGAGGCCCUCCUCUUAUCGCUGAUACAGAAGCUGGUUAUUAGUUAUCGAAAGGGCAAUUCCUCCUUAAAACAAAACUCAGAAUAUUUCCGGAAACAAUUCGAGAAGAUGAUGGAAGAGAUGAGAGAGAUUGUUGAUAUUGUGAGGGAUAAGAAAUUGGAAGAGGGAAGAAGCCUCAAUUUUUUAGUAUCCGACCUUGUCGAUAUGACUGACGAUGCCAUCAAGUUUUUCGAUGAAGACAUGAUACGUUAUAAUUUGGGGGAUUAUGAGUCCAUGAUGUCCAUCCAUAGUUGGAUGGGAGAGAUCAAAAAGCAGAUGCUUAAACUGGGAGAUGAUGAAUCCAACAUUAGAUCAUCAGAAUAUGUUGAAGAUGCUGUAGAUGUGGUGGGCUUGGACGAAGAUGUGGAAAUGCUGCUUCGCAAAAAGAUUCUUGAUGGGGCAAGAUACCGGAAGGAUGUUUUUAUCAAAGGGAUGGAUGGUAUUGGAAAGACAACUCUUGCUAGAGAGAUAUACAACCAUCCAACCGUCAUUGAGCGAUUCAAGCGUCGUGCUUGGGUAUCUAAUUCUACUAAUCACUUCACUAUCAAAGAGCUACUUAUCAAACUAAUACAGCAGCUAAAAGAUCCUGAGAAUCUCCAUACAUCUUCCUUAUUGGAGAAUAUGGACAACCGAAGCCUCCGAGAUAUGCUUCGCCAACACCUGCAAUGGAAGCGAUAUCUUAUAGUUCUCGAUGACCUGCCCAAACAAAUGCACUUGUCGUCUUUCUUGGAAGCUCUUCCACGUGAAUACACUGGAAGUCGAUUGCUACUCACAAGUCACGCGACACAUGUCAACAUAAAGGUAUCUGAAGAAAAUGUUUAUAAGAUGGAACCUUUGGAUGCUAAGAAGAGCUGGCAAUUGUUUAUGAAAGCAAUAAACAAAUUGACGGGUGACCACAAAUUCCCAAAGUCUUUGGAGCCUAUGGGAAAACAAAUGUUGAGAAAAUGUGGUGGUCUGCCAUUAGCUAUAAAAGAGGUGGGAAAACAGUUAGCGGAAAAGAAAGUCUCAGGGCAGAGCAAAUGGGAACAACUUCUUGAAUCAGUUGAUUUUGGUUCAACAUUGAAGUUGUUGGAACCAUUUUAUCAUAAGUUGGAUCCCAAACUGAGGUCAUGUUUCUUGUCUAUGGCCUUCUUUAAGGAAAAUACAACUUUGAGGAAAGAAAAGCUGAAACAGAUUUGGAAUGUAGUAGGAGCAGCACAAGAAUAUGAAUCUGGAUCACAUUUAGAUGGUUUAAUCGAUGAAUCUGUUAUUGAUGUCCAAGACAAGAGCACGCAGUAUCGAAUGAAUGUUGUGCUACACAUGCUAUCCAUCCAAAGAGCAGAGGAGGAGUUCGAUUUUGAGAUCCUAAGGAACAAUGGAAAUAAUCAGCCCUGUGAGAGUCCUCGUCAUCAUCGUGUUAUCAUUUGUAGCAGAGACAAGUUCAACUACUCCACAGAUCAAGAUAAGCUUCUUGUUUCUCUCUUCUUCCAUGGAGGUGGCUACUUUGAUGCUAGUCCAUCUUAUUGGAAAAGCUUUGAACAACUUAAGAUACUUGACCUGGAAGAUUUUGGGUUGAAGUUUUUACCAGAUUCUAUCGGCACAUUGAUGGAAUUAAGAUACUUGGGGUUGAGAAAUAAUUACAUAAAAGAGCUUCCAGAGUCGUUGGGGUGCUUGAAAAAGCUUGAGAUUCUUGACAUAGUUAAAAACUUUAUGGUGGAGGUGCCAGAUAUUAUAUGGGAAUUGCAUAGCCUUCGCCACCUCUACAUGUCUAAUCUGAUUUGCUGGAAGCCUUUCAAGAUUGACACGCUGGAGAAUUUGGAGACCUUAACCUACGUCUCGGUUGAUAAUUGGACGUGUAGGCUCUCGGGCUUUGAAAAGUUGUUUUGUCUUUGGAAAUUGGGGAUAGAAGAAUUGGAUGGAAACUCCGAUGUAAGAAAGCUCUUUGCGUCAUUGGUUGUAUUCAAACGUCUUAACCACCUAAUCUUAAAAGGGUAUCGUUUCAGAAGCAUGCCUUGUUUGGAUGACCUUCGUAUUCUACAUAGGCUCGAAAAACUCAAAUUGGAUGGACUCCUUGCCAGGUUACCAACUAAUCUCCCUCAAUCUCUUAAAUCAUUGACGUUGGUUAAUAGCUGUCUUGAUGAAGACCCCAUGCCACUACUAGGAAAGUUACCCAAGCUCGAGUACCUCAAAUUGCGGAAUGCAUACACUGGUCAACAAAUGGUGAUCUUGCACGACACUUUCCCUCGUCUCGAAGUCUUGUGCAUGGAAGAGUUAUGGAAUCUGAGAAAUGUACAAUGUGGAAAAGAUGCAAAGUAUCGGCUAAGGAAAUUAGAAAUCCAUGAUUGUCCAUAUCUGGAUACCCUCUCGGAAGUGAUUUGGUCGUUUCGAUCUAUGAAGGAGAUGAAGAUGGUGACAACCAAAAGCAUUGCAGCAAAGAUGAAGAAUUCAGACUCAAUCUCCAAAAUAGCGAUGGUGAAUAUCAAUCCAUGAUGAGGUAGAGCAGUUGGCGUUAAUUUGGAUACUUGAUUUUCUUCUCCUUGGUGGUUUUAUGUUUGUACUCUGUUCCUUCUCAAGUUCACCCCACGGGAGGCCUUCAACUCAUGUCUUUCAACUUUUGCUUCUUCUUUAUAUUUAUUUAUUUUUAUUUUUAUUUAUUGGCAAUUUGUAAUAGACCAGAUCGAGUUGUUUCUAUGAACCAAAAUAGGAGCUUAACUACUGUAUAUUGUAUAUACAUGCGAUCUCUUCUUGGAA